CUUCCUGCCCCCUUGCAGCUCCAAGGUGCACGGCUCUUAGGAAUUCCAGUUAUUGUAACUGAACAGUAUCCCAAAGGUCUUGGCAGCACUGUGCAAGAAAUUGAUUUAACAGGAGCUAAACUUGUGCUUCCCAAAACAAAAUUUUCAAUGGUGUUGCCAGAAGUCGAAGCAGCAUUAGCUGAGAUCCCUGGAGUCCGCAGCGUUGUCCUCUUUGGAGUAGAAACUCAUGUCUGCAUUCAGCAAACGGCAUUGGAACUAAUUGGCAGAGGUCUGGAAGUACAUAUUGUAGCUGAUGCCACCUCAUCAAGAAGUAUGAUGGACAGAAUGUUUGCUCUUGAG